GUGACCACCUAAAGGUCUGCUCACAGGGGCACACAUGCUGCUCUCAAGCCAUGGAGGAGAAGUACAAUCAGCAAAGUAAACAUGACUUCAAGGCCUCUGUCACUGAACCAUGUGGUAAUAUGCAGAAUAUUUUUGCUUCCCGAUACAACAAAUUUGAUGAAUUUUUCAAAGAGCUUCUGAAAAAUGCAGAGUCGUCAUUGAAUGACAUGUUUGUGCGGACUUAUGGACGUUUGUACAUGCAAAAUUCUGAACUUUUUAAGGAUUUCUUUGUGGAACUGCGGAAGUAUUAUGUUGGCGGAAACGUUAAUUUGGAGGAAAUGUUAAAUGACUUUUGGGCCCGAUUACUGGAGCGCAUGUUCAGACUGGUAAACCCUCAGUAUCAAUUCACAGAUGAAUAUUUGGAGUGUGUCAGCAAGUACACCGAUCAGCUGAAGCCAUUUGGAGACGUGCCACGUAAACUCAAACUUCAAGUCACGCGUGCCUUUGUGGCAGCUCGUACCUUUGCACAAGGUCUGGCUGUGGCCAGGGAUGUUAUAAACAAGGUUUCCACGGUGAACCCCACUCCUCAAUGUAUUCGAGCCAUGGUGAAGAUGACCUACUGUCCUCAUUGUAGAGGAUUGGUAACUGUAAAGCCUUGCAACAACUACUGUUUGAAUGUGAUGAGAGGCUGUCUGGCCAAUCCAGGAGAUCUUGAUACGGAAUGGAACAAUUUUAUAGAUGCCAUGUUGUUGUUAGCUGAAAGAUUAGAGGGCCCAUUCAACAUUGAAACAGUCAUGGACCCAAUUGAUGUGAAGAUUUCAGAUGCCAUCAUGAACAUGCAGGAAAACAGUAUGCAAGUGUCCCAAAAGGUGUUUCAAGGAUGUGGACAGCCGAAGCCCCUUCCCCCAGCAAGGUCUUCUCGAUCAGUUUCCGGGGCAAAUUUCAAUGACAGAUUUAGAGCCUACAGUCCUGAUGAACGUCCAACAACUGCUGCAGGAACAAGUUUGGAUAGACUGGUAUCUGAUGUGAAAGAGAAGUUGAAGUCUGCCAAAAAAUUCUGGUCUUCCUUACCCAUUAGUAUUUGUAAAAACAACUGGACAUCAGGUGUUAAUGAAGAUGAAUGUUGGAAUGGAAGUGAUAAAAGCAGGUAUCUGUAUGCUGUCAUGGGCAACGGUCUGGCAAGCCAGAUAAACAAUCCUGACGUAAUGGUGGAUGUCACAAAACCAGACAUGGUAAUUCGCCGUCAGAUCAUGGAUUUGCGUGUGAUGACAAACAAAAUGAAGAGUGCAUACAAUGGCAAUGACGUGAAUUUCAUUGAUAUAAGUGAUGAGAACAGUGGUGAUGGUAGCGGCAGUGGGGACUGUGAAACCUCACCAUGUGGAUUUCCAGUCAGUCCAACACAAGGACCAAAGACUGGCAGUGGACAACCAAAGGGGGGCAGGGUCAAUCUACAAGAGGGUGAUCCCCGGAAACUGCCCAGUGCAGCCUGGGCCAACACUGCUUCACAUUUCAUCAUCCUUCCAAGUAUCCUGUUUUUGGUGAGACAAUGGAGAUAAUAGAGGGAAUUCAAAACCCUUAUGGAAAACAGAAGAGACUUCUCAGUAUGGAAAGUGCACCUUUUAUUCGAACCAUCGAACAUUUUUUAUCUCUUUGUAAGCUGGACAAAGGUGUAUUGUUUUUAUUUUUUACCGCGUUGCCACAGGGUCAAGUGCUGGAUCUGUUGUCCCUCACCUCACUUUACCUGGAAAAUGGACUUGUCAAUCUUUCCUGAUACUCUAGGUUUAUUGUGGCAAGUAGACAUGUAUAUACAGAUCUGUAGGUAGCUGUGCUUUAUCACAUUUCUAAGUUACUAGUCCCAGGGUCACACUGUCAUACACAUUUUUAUUUUCUGUCUCCAAUUUUUUUAGUUCCCAUUUAAUUUUAACUGUACAGAAUCAGAUUUUAUUUAUCAUAUAUUUCGGGGAAAAUGACCAAGCAGCCAACAAAAUGAUGCUUUUUAAGUGAAGUGUUUGUUUUAAUGUAUUUACAGAUUAGGAAUAUCUGUGCUGGCUGAUAUUGCUGGCAGUGAUGUAUUUGGUAAAUUGACCAAGUGUCA